GUUUGGGCUACUUUGUCGGCUCGAUAGGCUCGACCUUAGGACAGCACUAAAACGGCGAGUUACGUGAACAACGAGAGACCUAAAUGAGGCGUCAUUUCUGUACGACGAGGUAGUACGUCGAACUGAGUUGCCUCUGGAAAAGCCUCCCGUUCCUGCAUCAAAAGUCGCCCAUUCACCGCUCGCGCAAGCGGAUCGCUCUAUAUCAGGGAUGGCGAAGCGCAAGGAGGACCCGGUACUGCCAGAGGACGCCCAUGACAAGCUGGAGCUGAUGCCGCUGGGCGCGGGCAACGAAGUGGGCAGAUCCUGUGUGUUCAUGUCGUACAAGGGGAAGAACGUGCUGUUUGACUGUGGCAUCCACCCCGCCUAUUCCGGCAUCGCUGGGCUGCCCUUCUUUGAUGAGAUCGACCCCUCCUGCAUUGACGUGCUGCUCAUCACCCAUUUUCAUCUGGACCAUGCAGCAUCUCUCCCCUAUUUCCUCGCUAAGACCAACUUCCAGGGGCGAGUCUUUAUGACUCAUGCCACCAAGGCCACCAACUUCCAGGGGCGAGUCUUUAUGACUCAUGCCACCAAGGCCGUGUACCGCCUGCUGCUGUCGGACUUCGUGCGAGUCAGCAAGGUGGCUGUGGACGAUGCUCUGUUCACGGAGCAAGACAUUCAGCAGAGCAUGGAGAAGAUCGAGGUGAUCGACUUUCACCAGAUUCACGAGGUCAACGGAAUCAAGUUCUGGUGCUACACAGCGGGCCACGUGCUGGGAGCAGCCAUGUUUGCGGUCGAUAUAGCGGGAAUCAGAGUGCUCUAUACGGGGGAUUACUCGAGAGAGGAGGACAGGCACCUCAGGGCGGCAGAAGUGCCUCCUUUCUCUCCUGAGUUGUGUGUCAUCGAGUCGACAUUUGGGGUGCAGAUCCACGAGCCGAGGGAAGUAAGAGAGAGGCGUUUUCUCGACUUUGUCGUCGGCACGGUGCUGAACGGAGGGAGGGUGCUGAUCCCGGCGUUUGCCCUCGGGCGAGCCCAGGAGCUGCUGCUGAUUCUGGACGAGCACUGGAGGGCGCACCCCGAGGUCCAGCACGUGCCGUUGCUGUAUGCCUCGCCGCUUGCCAGAAAGACCAUGGUGGUGUACCGCACUUACCUAAGCGCCAUGAACGACCGCAUUCGGGAGCAGGCGGAGGUGUCCAACCCGUUUGACUUCCGCUUCAUCAAGUCGCUCCGCAGCAUAGCGGAAUUCGAGGACACGGGCCCGGCGGUGGUCAUGGCCAGCCCGGGGGGGCUGCAGAGCGGGCUCUCAAGACAGCUGUUUGACAUGUGGUGCCAGGACGCCAGAAACACGUGCUUGAUUCCGGGCUAUGUGGUGGAGGGCACGCUAGCCAAGACCAUUCUCAGUGAGCCGAACGAAGUCUCCCUCCAAAACGGCACCACCGUCCCGCUGCGCAUGAAGGUGCACUACGUGUCGUUCGCCGCACACGCAGACUACCCCCAGACCUCCGACUUUCUGGAGCAGCUGCACCCGCCGAACAUAGUGCUGGUGCAUGGGGAGGCCACCGAGAUGGGGCGCCUGCGAGCCAAGCUCACGGCGCACUUCGCCCAGCGGCCCGACCCGCCCACGAUCCACACGCCUAAGAACUGCCAGGCAAUGGAGUUUUUCUUCAAGGGGGAGAAGAUUGCGAAAGUGGUGGGGAGGAUUGCGGAGAGAGGGUGCUCCAUGCCGCCGGCUGAUGGGAAGGGGGAGGGUGAUUGUGGCGGUAGUAUCGUUGCUGCUGCUGCUGGGGGGACUGCUGUGGGUGGUGGGGCUGAUGGUGGUGCUGGUGGUGGUGCCAUAAAGGCAGCAGAGGGUCGGGGAGUGGUAGGAGUGGUAGCAACAGUAGCGCAAACAGGCACAGGAGCAGCAACAGGGGGAAGAGCAGGACUUGAGGGAGCAUCAGAGGGAGCAACAGAGGGAGAGAAAGCACCAGGGGCGGGUGCAACAGGGGGGGCAGCAGGGAGAACGAUCAGUGGGCUGCUAGUGCGCAAGGGCUUUAACUACCAGCUUCUAGACCCUCGAGACCUCCCCUCCUAUACCUCGCUUGCCCUAGGCAGGGUUGUUCAGCGGCAGUCCAUCCCCUAUAUAGGCCCAUUCGAACCCAUUAUAAGGCGCCUGGAGAUGCUGUUCGACUCGGUUGUGAUUAUAAAGGACGCGGACGUGCCGGCGGUGCACGUGCAUGAGAAGGUGAUUGUAGCGAGGGAGGGGGACGAUAGGGUUGUGCUGCAAUGGGUGUCUGAACCCAUGGGGGACAUGCUGGCAGAUUCGAUUGUGGCUUUGAUUCUGCAGCUGGAAUCCGGGCGGCAGACUGGGAAGGAGCUGAAGAUGGUGACGUCAGCAGGAGGAGGACGAGGAGGAAGAGGAGGAGGGAAAGGUGGGGAAGUGAAGGGAGGAGAUGCGACAGUCAAAGGGGAGGCAUCAGAUGGGAAGGCAGGGGCUUUGGUUGUUAAGGAAGAUGGGAAGGAGGGUAAUGAGGGGGGCGACGAGAAGGGCAAGGAGGGCGAGGGCAAGGAGGGCGAGGGCAAGGAGGAAAGUCAAGAGGAGGGAAAGAAGGAAGGUGCGGAGGAGAAGGGCCUUGUGAAGGGAGAGGAGGGGCAAGGAGAGGGAGAGGGAGAGGGAGGAGGGAAGUGGAGGUGGCUUAAAAAAGAAGAGAUGGAUCAUUUGGAGAGGGUUCUAGAGAGCAUGUUCGGAGGGGUGAGGAGGGACGGUGACGAGGGGCUGAGAGUGAGUGUGGAUGGGGUGGAGGUGAGUGUGCGAGUGGGGGAGGGAGGAGGGGAGGUGCAGUGUGCAGAAGAGGGGUUGAGGAAGAGAGUGAGGGAGGCCGUGAAUCGGUUUCUAGCCGCCGUCCGGCCGAUCCCUUGUCCUUAGUACCAUAAGUGUUUUGACUUAGCGAAUUCUAGUUGUAAAGGAUGGCUGGGUGAUCUUUACACAUCUUACAAGACCAUACCAGGCUUUGACAGGCUGCCAUGUGACUCCUGUGCUAAAUUCCAGGUGCA